CUUUGCAAAGAAAAAUAACAGAAAAAAUGUUAGCAGUUUUCGAGAAAUCGAUUGCCAAGAGCCCUGAUGCUCUUAAUGUUCCCGGCGACUCUGGAGCAGCUUCAGCGCUCAACAAUGGCUUCUUGGCUGCCCAUUUCGCCUCUAUUCAUCCUGGCUCCGUCACUGUCAAUCUUGGUUCUUCGGGUUUCAUGGCCUACUCUCUCGAAAAGCAAAACCCACUUCUCCCCAGAAUCUUUGCUGUUGUGGAUGACAUUUUCUGCUUGUUUCAAGGCCACAUCGAGAAUGUUGCUGUUCUUAAACAACAAUAUGGCUUGAACAAGACUGUAAACGAGGGAAUCAUCGUCAUUGAAGCUUACCGAACACUCCGAGACAGAGGUCCUUACCCUCCUGAUCAGGUUGUAAGAGAUAUCCAAGGGAAGUUUGCUUUCUGUAUCUACGAUAGCUCUUCAAAAGCCACAUUUAUAGCUUCAGAUGCCGAUGGAAGUGUACCUUUCUUCUGGGGAACUGAUGCUGAAGGCCAUCUUGUUCUUGCGGAUGAUACGGAGACCGUCAAGAAAGUUUGCGGGAAGUCUUUUGCUCCAUUCCCGAAAGGGUGCUUCUUCACAUCCUCCGGAGGGUUAAGGAGCUACGAGCAUCCUCUGAACGAGUUGAAGCCGGUGCCGAGGGUGGACAGUUCAGGUCAUGUCUGCGGUGCAACUUUCAGCGUCGAUGUAGAGGCGAAGAAGGAAUCUACUGGUAUGAAAAAAGUCGGAAGUGCUGCAGAUUGGUCUGCAAACUACUGAGCAUCGAAACUUCUCCUGCUCGGCACAAUGCUUGGUAUUGGUAAGCGUCCGGAUUCUAUCCAUCUUUCAUAGUCUUCAGUUCCGAAUUUCGCCAUCUCAAUGACUUAGCUGAACAUUGUGAGUUUUCAGACUCGAAAAUUGUUCUGUAUUUUCAGAUUAAGAUGACAUUUUAAGCAGAGCAGCUGUACAUGUUUGAUUACCAUAAAAAAUUAGAUUGAUAUGGUACACGACAUGGAAUAAUAUUUCUCAUCAUAAAUGCUUCU